AUGCGGAAACUGUGGCAGGAAAAACAAGUGCGGUUAGAUGGUCGCUCUGCUCAGGAAAUCCGUUCCCUGGAAAUCCAGAUUGAUUAUUUGCCUAAUGUUCAUGGCAGUGCGGUAUUUGCCCGCGGCGAAACCAAAGUUCUUUCAGUAGUAGCCAUUGGGAAAAUCAGUGAAAAACAAUUAGUUGAUAAUAUUUUUAAUCGCUCUUAUAAGCACUUUAUUCACCAUUAUAAUUUUCCGCCCUUUUCCGUUAAUGAAAUUGCUAGUUAUCGGGCUGUUUCCCGCCGGGAAAUCGGUCAUGGCGAAUUGGUGGAAAAAACUUUUGAUUAUCUUAUCCCUCAAAGCAGUGUUUUUCCUUAUACCACUCGCGUAGUUUCGGAAGUUCUUGCUUCGGAUGGUUCUUCUUCCCAAGCCUCCAUUUGUGCUACUUCUUUGGCUUUAAUGACCGCGGGGGUUCCCUUAAUCAGACCCGCCGCCGGAAUAGCCUUAGGCUUGUUCGAAGGUCAGACUUAUAGUGAUAUUAAUGGUUUAGAGGAUAAAUUGGGUGAAAUGGAUUUUAAAAUUGCCGGCACGGAAAAAGGCAUUUGCUCAGUCCAAUUAGAUGUCAAAAACCAAGGAAUUAGUCAGGAAUUAUUAACCGAGUGUUUGGAAAAAGCCCGCCAAACCCGCUUUUAUUUGUUGGAAGAAAUGAAAAAGUAUAUUUUUCACCCGCGCCCGCACUUAGCAACCCAAGUUAUUAAAUGUCGGCGCUUUAUGGUUGCCCCAGAAAAAAUUGGCUUAAUUAUUGGAACCCGGGGUAAAACUAUUAAUCAAUUAACCGAGGAAACAGGGGCUACCAUUGAAGUUCAGACCGAUGGCUAUAUACUUAUUUAUCACCAAGCAGAGGAAAAGCUAGAAAAAACUUAUCAAAUGAUACAAAAAAUUAUUAACACUUUUUAA